GUGGCAGGGAUUAAGUGGGCGUGGCGAAAAGCACCAGAAUUUUGCAGAAGGUCGGGACUUGUCUUCAAAUUUUCCUUUUAAAAACUGUCCAGGAAGUUGAUUGAGUGCAUUAAGUACAUAUUUAAAUACUUAAUUAAAGGAAGAAUUCCUCAUUUUGUAAAAAAGAAAAACCAAAUCACAAUUUUAAAGCAGAAAGGAAAGAUUCAACCUCUGUCCCAGUUGACUUUUUUUGUAAACAUUAUGAGCCAAUUUUCUGGCUUUAUUGAUGAAAUUGAAUGGAUAUCAGUGGACAGUUUUCUACCAGAGAACACGCAAAAAUGUACGGCCUAUUUUCUAUCUCACUGUCAUGCAGAUCACAUGAGAGGCCUAAAUGAUCUGCCUUUUUCAACUCACAUCGCCUCCAAAGCGGACCACUUUGUCUACUGCUCCGAAGUGUCCGCCCAAAUUGUGAGGAACAUGAUGAGAGACAACGAAUCUCUCUUGGGAAAGCUGAAGCCCCUCUCGCUGGGCCCAAAUUGGGUGCAGGUGCCCAUUAUCAACUCCGACUACCACCUGAAUCUUGUCGUGACCCUCAUACCUGCUGGCCACUGUCUUGGAUCUUGCAUGUUCCUAUUCGAAACUGAAAAGACGACAGUUUUGUACACCGGAGACUUCCGUUUCUGUGUCAAUGACUACCCGAAGAUAACUUUACUUCACGACAGCAGUGGAGGUGUCAAAGAGCUGGACACUGUCUACUUGGACACGACUUUCUGGACACAGGCCAACCACCACUUUCCUUCAAGACAUGAGAGUUUGGCCCUAAUAACCACGGAAAUUGACAAGUUUAGAAAACGGACGGCCAAUCACGGCCACAUUCACAUCGACAAACCGGCCCGAAUUGGCUCCGAGUUCUUUAUAAUGGAGUUGUCGCAGAGGUACAAGAGGAAAAUCCACGUGAGUGACGAUUCGCUCAGGAUUUACGAAGGAAUACACGAAGUUUCGUCUUGCAUCACCAAAAACACCAAGGAAACUUUCCUGCACAUGUGUCAGUCUUAUAGACCCGGAAGGGCGAAAAGGCGUCUGCCCUGUGUCGAGGACUACUUGCAGGUUUUGCACAUCCGUCCCACUGCCCAGUGGUACUCCGUAGGCGGAGAAUUUUUCCCUGUGAGAGAAGACUGUGACAGGAAUAUUAUUCAAAUAUCGAACUCGAUGCACGCUUCGAGAGCGGAAUUGGUCGAGUUUGUCAAAUAUUUCAAACCGAGAAGGGCUGUUGCUUGUGUCGUUCCUGUCAACUCUUCAAUGGAUGAGGUUCAAAACGAAUUGGACGAAAUUCUCUCCGAGUGCUGCGGAAGAAGACUGAGGAAAAGGAGGUGGAGUUCGAGCACUGAGGGGUCGCCUACCAGGAAAUUUGUUCCUCGUCCUCCUUUCCUCAUUCCCACAACUACAGCCCCUGGUUUUGGCGAAGAACUCGAUUAUGAGGAAAACUGAUCUCUUAAAGACUGACAAGCCAUUAAUAUUAAUUAACAGCUAUUUUCAGCAAGGUUGAGGCUUUUUAUUUUUGAUAAAAUUGUUAAUUUGGUAAUUAUAUAAUCUGUAUUUUUGUGUCUAAAGUAAUUUGUUGUUUUUAUAACAGAAUUGAUAAAUAUUCUGAAUAUUACUUUGUUCAGUAAAAAUUUCAUUCAAUAUUGUAGAUUCUUCGAAAUAUUGUUAUCACCAUUAAGAAAGUAAAUCUGAUCUGAAGUGUCAUUUUACAAAAGAUUGAAAUAUAAAAUAAUAAUUCUGAGCCUUGCUAAUUUAGAAGUACCCAUUUUAGAUAAGUUCCUGUUAAAUUAAGUGAUGGACUAAAGUGAAAUGUGAAUGAUAAUAAUUUGCCAAUUUUGUACUGCUUUUCUUAUUAAUUGAACUGAUUGACCUUAAAUAAAAAACAAUUUUUUGAUCAAAAAUAA